AUGGAGCAAAGGUCUGCACCCAUUGAUGUUAUGUUGGAUGAUAUGAAAAGGCAGCAGAUAGAGGAAAACAGAAAACUUCUGAGACCCAUUAUCGGAGCAAUCGUUCUUUGUGGCAGGCAAAAUAUUCCCUUGCGUGGACAUAGAGAUGAUUCUUCGAACUAUCUGUCAGAUGAGGUUAACUGUGGUAAUUUCAUUGAAAUCCUAAAGUACGGUGCAAUGUGUGCUGACAAGCAGUGUCAAAUAAGAGAAGAGUUUCUUGGCUUUGUCCCGUGCAAAAAGGGUGUGUCUGGUGAAGCUGUUGCCGCUACAAUUGAAGAAUUCCUUCGGGACCAAAAUUUGCCGAUUGAUGAUUGUCGUGGUCAGGGUUAUGAUGGAGCCGGGAACAUGGCAGGGCGAUUAUCUGGAGUAGCAGCUAGAAUACAAGAAACCAACAAGAAGGCUCUGUAUGUUCACUGUAACUCUCACCGUUUAAACCUUUGUGUCGCCACUUGCUGCAAAGAACAACUGGCAGGCAUGACUAUCAUCAACAUACCUGAACCACCAACGGGGUGGGUGGGCGCCAGUUGUUAA